GUGACCUCGAGAAGGUUCCAGGGCCCUCGGAAGCUCCGGGCUCGACAAACCACAUGGCGCCCACUUUCUACCACUAUCACCCGUUGCCCAUGGACCAGAAGGAGCCGGGAUGUGGCAUCCGCUGGCGGUGCCUGGCCGCAGCCUCGGUCCUGAUCCUGGUGGCCUUGGUUAUCCCGCUCAUCAUCUUCGCCGUCAAGGCGAACAGCGAAGCCUGCAGGGACGGACUGCGGGCGCAGGAAGAGUGCAGCAACACCACUCGCCUGCUGCAGCGCCAGCUCACCCGCUCCCAGGACAACCUGGCUCAGGCAGAGGCGCAGGCAAGCACCUGCAACCGGACCGUGGUGACCCUUCAAGAUUCCCUGGAGAAGAAAGUGUCUCAGAUCCAGGAGAAGCAGGCUCUGAUCCAGGAGCAGGAGGCUCAGAUUAAGGAGCAGGAGGCUCAGAUCAAGGAGCAGGAGGCUCAGAUCAAGGAGCAGAAGGCUCACAUCCAGGAACAGCAAGUUCGCAUCCAGAAGCUUGAGGGUGAAGUUGAGGAGUUCGAACAGAAGCUGAAGAAGCUGAGGACUGCCGAGGAAGCUUCUAUCACAUCUAAGCAGAACUCUGCCGGCUCCAUGGCGGUCUCCAGCCUUCUGGUGCUCGCAGUACCACUCUUCCUGCUCUUUUGAGGACCCCAUAGCUGGCAGGCCACAGCCUGUUUUGAUGCAGAUGCAGUUGCCUGUUUGAGGUGACUGGGGGUCCUGGUGGCUCUGCAGGAGUCAUGGCAGCUCUGAGGAUGCAGAAGCUGUAGAAGCUGCUGAGUGGAACUCAUAUUGUACCUCCCUCCCCACCUUAUUACUGGGGAGGGUGAGAGGGGCACCUCCCUUUUUGCAUUCAUGGUUAUUGAGGAGGGGGUCACUGCCAGAAGCGACCAUGCUGUAUGGGACCUCUUGUGAAGAUUGCCAGCAGUUUUUGGAGUAGCCCAGUAUGUUAAAAGAAUGGCUACCUUCACAAUCAAUCCUCCCCUCCCCAACUUCCUGAUAAAUAGCACCUGGGCUUACAGAAGAAGCCAAUAGUAAAGAAAGAAACAUUCCACAGCCAGGUUCCUUAGCAACCCUUCCUCCUGCUCCCACUCCCCAACCCUGCUAGCCUCCUGCCUCAUCUGCACCUGCACUCCCCGACCUUGCUAGCGUCCUGCACUCUCCACUUGCCUUCAAGGACUCACGCACUGCACAGGGACAUUCUGAGGUUUGGUUAUCAGGCAAAUGGCCUCUCCCUGCGGAAUUCCCGCCCCGCCAAGCUUCCCACUUCAACCACUAUAUAAGGUCUCAGAAAAAUAAAAUUUGGCAGUUUGAUCAGAAA